AUGUUAAUGCCCAAGAAGGACCGUGUUGCUAUCUACUCGCAGAUAUUCAAGGAUGGUGUAUGCGUUGUGAAGAAGGACCCCAUGCUCAAGAAGCACGCUGAGAUCGACGUCAAGAACCUUCAUGUCAUGCAGACCAUGAAGUCUCUCAAAUCGCGCGAGUACGUUCGCGAGACUUUCUCCUGGCAAUACUAUUACUACUACCUCACCGACGAGGGCAUCGAAUAUCUCCGAUCCUUUUUGAAUCUGCCUGGCAGCGUUAAGCCAAGCACCCUCACCCCGCCACCACGCCAGCCCCCGCGUUCAGCCCUCGCUGGCCGUGGAGAUCGCUCUCGCAAAUAUGAUGGCGGAGAUAAAAAGAUGGGGCCGGAAGGUGACUUCCGUCCUUCCUACCGCGAGGGAGGUGGUGGCUUUGGUCGCGGUGCUCCUCUGCGUGGUUACUAAUCAAAGUCUCUACCGAGGCCCCCGAAUGACCGUCCGCGAUUAGAGCAUUGCGACAAGCACACUGGCCUUGCCCUAAAUGUCUCAGUGCUA